CGGAGAGAGGCCGGCGCGGAGGCGGCGCGCCGUGAUGACGCUUUGGCUGUGCGACGCGGUGGAGGAGGUGUCGGGGUCAGCGGGAUGGCGGCGGGCGCGGCAGCGGCAGCUCCGGCCGUGCGGCGCUCGCUGGGGCCUCUGCGCUGCGGGGCCGGUCCGCGGGGCAGGUGGCCCCUGCCCGCCCCUGGGGUUUCCCUCAGGCUCUGCGGCACGGGGCGGGUUCCGGGGGACAUCAACAAGCCCGUCAUCGAGCGCAUCAUCCGGGUGGACCACGCGGGGGAGUACGGGGCAAACCGCAUCUAUGCGGGACAGAUGGCCGUGCUGGGCAGGUCGAGUGUGGGGCCCGUUAUCCAGCAAAUGUGGAAUCAAGAAAAAGACCACCUGAAAAAGUUCAAUGACCUAAUGGUUGCGUACAGAGUUCGACCUACUGUUUUAUUGCCUUUUUGGAAUGUAGCAGGUUUUGUUUUGGGGGCUGGAAGCGCUUUGCUGGGAAGGAAGGGAGCGAUGGCCUGCACGGUGGCUGUGGAGGAGAGUAUAUCGGAUCACUACAACAGCCAGAUCAGAACUCUUGUGGAAGAAGAUCCAGAAAAGUACAGAGAACUAUUGCAGAUAAUAAAGCAAUUUCGGGAUGAUGAACUGGAGCACCAUGACAUUGGGCUCGAGCACGACGCAAAAGGGGCACCAGCUUAUUCAGUUUUGAAGACCGCUAUACAACUUGGAUGCAAAGCUGCAAUAUUUUUGUCAGAAAGAAUUUAGGGAUAUUUUCAAGUUUUUGGCAAUAAACUGUGGCACAGAAGUUUAUGAAAACUGCAGAAGACUAAUAGUUAUUUUAUUUAGCCUUUUAAAAUUAUCUUCACUAAGCAUGCGAUUCAACCGUCCUUUGUCACGUUGAGUACAUGCAUCAAUAUUAAAGUCGGUUGAGCUGAAUAAGGAUGGCAGAAUUGGUUCCACAGGAACAAAACCUCCUUAUUCAGAGACUGUUCACAAGGUGGCAGCAAAAUAUGUAUGUAUAUAGAUGAUUUUUAUAUAUAUAAUAUGUGUGUAUGUUUACAGACACACACAAAAAUGAUAAAUACCUUCUCUGUUGCCUUCAAAUUUAUAGGUACUUGAAAUAAACUGGAGCUCGUCAGCUCGUUUUAAAAUGGUUACUACUGACUAAGUGGGAUAUUUCUGAGUUGUAUUUUCAGGGUAAGUAAGUGAAAUACUAUUUAGUAUUUUCAGUCUGCCUUCAAUAAAGAUUGUUAUUAUAAGACCUUAA